AUGCAUGUCGUGGCUGCAUGGCAGCAGCUGGUGGAAAGCUCCAUCCGUUGGCGGACUCAAGGAGACCUGUUCCAGCUGACGUCCCUGCUGCGUGGCUCGCGCGCGGGCAGCACCUGGGUUGAGGUGCAUGGCUUGCUGAUGCAGAUGGAACAGAGGUGGCUGGAAGUAGAUGUGGUGCCCUACAACAUUGCCUUAAAUGCCAAGGAAUCCAAGGAUGGGUGGCGUCAGCAGCUGGAUCUCUUCCAAACGAUGCAGUGCAACGGCUUAGAGGCGUCGCAGGUCUCCUAUUGCGCCCUGGCUUCCGCCCUAUUGCGCUGGCCAGCAGCGUGUCAUGUGACGCUCACCUUGCAGGCUGAGAUGCUGCAACCAAAUAUCAUCAGUUGCAGCACAGCAAUCAGUGCCUGUGAGAAGGGGUCGCAAUGGUCUUCCGCGUUUCGCGUCUUCGAUGACAUGAAGAGCCAGGGGUUGGAAGCAGAUCUGAUUACAGUGGGCGCCUUGAUCACUUCCUGUGAGAAGGGUGCCUUGGCGAUGCCGGGGCGCCUCCAGUGGUCCCAGGCGCUGCAGCUGUCAGCGACGAACGCGAGGAACGUGGUGCAGCUCAGCGCUGCGGUGAGCGCAUGCGAAAAGGCCAACGAGUGGCAAUUCGCUUUGGCCAUUUUUUUCGAAGAGACCGUCCGGAGAUAUUUGCAGCCUGAUAUCAUGAUGUGCAACGCUGCGAUCAGCGCUUGCCGUGGCCAUCAGUGGCAGCGUGCCAUUUGGUUAUUGACCUCCAUCGUCCAGUCGUUGCGCUUGAAGCGAACGCUGGUCACUUGCAAUUCCUGCAUGAAUGCCUGUAGCGAAGCUUCGCAAUGGCUGUCAGCCUUUCAGCUCUUUGCAGAUCUGGAAAUUCUGCAGUUGCGACCGGAUGUGAUCACCUACAACUCACUGAUGAGCAGCUGUGAACGUGCCGGCCUUUGGCAGACAGCCUUGGAACUGAUGUUGGAAAUUCCACAGCAGCGGCUGACUUUCAGCUCCGUGACCCUUGGAGCUGCCAUCAGCGCCUGUGAAGAAGGCGCUCAAUGGCCAUUGGCACUGCAUUUCUUGACAUAUUUCCCAAACCAAUCCCUUCAGAGCACUGUGACUGCCCUUAGCUCAGCGAUCAGCGCCUGUGAGAAGGGAACUCGCUGGGCCUGGGCACUUCAGUUGCUGCACGACGCGGAUCACUUCCACGUGCGGCCCAACGUA